UAAUCGAGACCCUUCCCGAGUAUGACAGAUCUUAGUGAAAACCUUAAUGAAAAUCCUUCACCUGUCACAUUCAGAAGUAUAGUUUAGAAGGGGUAUAAAACAGGGACUGGCUCCCGUUGUUUCUGUCCUCAUGAGUUUCCGUACGAGAAUUACACAGUUGUUCAAAUCGAACAACACCAGCGACCGAAAAGACAGGUAUCCUGGAAAGGACCACGAAAUAGAGAGUUUGAAGAGAACGCCGAAGCCUAUGGAGAAGAAGGGAUUUUCGAGCAGCACACAAGAGAAGAUGAGGAUAUUGUGAUUAAUUAGAUGGCUUAUAUAUGUAAAAUAAAUAACAAUUAUU